AUGUCUAUAAUUCCGUACUAUUUUGAGCCUUUGGUUACCGAUGUUGAUAACUAUGAUUAUUUGGAAAACGAAGAAUCAGUAGUUAGUUACAACGAUAGAGCUAAAUUAGCUGUAACAGAUUGGUGCUCGUGUGGAAAAUGUGAAAAACAAAUAAAUGAUCGUGAAUGUGUUUGUUCUUUUGAACUUGCGAAUAUUUUUAAAAUGUGUACACACAAUGAGUGUAUAACAAAAAAUGCCUCAUUUUCAAAAAUUAUAUUAGAUGAAGACGUUUUGAAAAUUACCAGACAAUACAAGAUUUCAAAAACAAAGAAUAAAACAAAAAAAAGAAGUUUACAAUCAGCUACUAUGGAAAAUAAAGCAUGGCGAUAUAUUUGCUACAAACAGUUUACACUUUGGGUUAAUUCAUGGAUGACAAUUGGAAGAGGGAAUAGAGUUGUUAUUCCAUCAUGUGUGGUCACAAAAAUUCGUGAACGUUGUCCUGAAGAAAACGGAUUAUAUAUUGGUUUUCAAAACCCGUAA